CCCCCCCCCAACACCUCCCAAAAUCCUCCAGCAAUAUAAAGAUUUAGGGUACCCCAUCUGCAUUGAGGAAGGAUCUGGAGCGAUCUGAAUUUCCUUCCCUGCGGCGCCCUCUUUGUGAGAUCAGCCCGGGAUGAAAAUGGAGGAGCAAGACCCGGCAGGCAAGGGGACGAGGAGGAACGACCCCUGGGCGCUCCAGCCCGAGACUGUCGGGGAAUUCCUUCCCAGGACGCUGGGAGAAGAGAUUAAGCAGGAACCGGACGAGGGGUCCCUGCAGCAGUGGGAGGCCCAGUGGCAAGAGUUCCUGAAGACGGUGGAAUCCCCUCCUUCGGGAUGGGUGUCCCCGAAUUUGCCGGAAGACGCCUGGGAGGACACCAAGGCCUUCCUGGCCUCCUUCGAACAAGUGGCCAAAGCCUGCCGGUGGCCCAAGGAAGAGUGGGCAGCCCGGCUCCUGCCGGCCCUUAGUGGAGAGGCCGAGCGGGCCUUUGACAACUUGGAUGCCACAGACAGAGAGGAUUAUGGGAAAGUGAAGGCAGCCAUCUUGCGAGGGGAUGCCACGUGGCGGGAGGAGCAGCGCCUACGCUUCCGGCGAUUCCGCUACCAGGAGGCCGAGGGUCCCGGAGGGGCUCACAGCCGCCUCCGGGAGCUCUGCCGGCAGUGGCUGAGAGUCGAGAGCCGCACCAAGGAGGAGAUAUUGGAGCUGCUGAUCCUGGAGCAGUUCCUGGCCAUCCUGCCGCCGGAGAUGCAGAGCUGGGUCAGGCCGCGCGGGCCAGAGACCUGCUCCCAAGCGGUGGCCCUGGCGGACGACUUCCUGCUGAGGCUGCGGGGGGCCAAGAAGUCGUCAAAGCAGGUGAAGCACAACCCAAAAAAACACGACCUGAAGCACACGUAA